UUGGACUUUUGCGUGAAAUUUUGCAAAUAACACAAAAUAGUUGAGUGAUUCUUGUUCCGCCGCUGCGUGUCGACGGCGAGAGAGGAGGAGAUAGCCGAAGAGAUGCGGAGAGCAGCGAAUUUUCUGGUUUCAAGACGACACUUUUCAUCAUCAGACCCAGAAAUCCCAUCCCUAUACUCAUUCCUCCAACCUUCAAUCUUCGCUCUCAGAAAAAACCCUCAAUCACAAGAAACAAACAAACCCAAUAAUACUCAACAAAAUCAGGCCUCAAACUCCAUUUCGCAGCACCAAAAAUCCAAUCUUGAAGCCGCCCUCCACCAAUCCCUUCUCGACAGCAACACCGACGAGGCGUGGAAGUCGUUCAAGUCGCUCACCGGCGGCGCCGCUUUCCCGAGUAAGCCCCUCACGAACUCAUUAAUCACGCACCUGUCCUCGCUCUCCGACACCCACAAUCUGAAAAGAGCGUACGCCUCUGUGGUUUUCGUGUUGGAGAAGGAUCCAUCGCUGUUGGAGUAUGAGAGCGUGACGGCCCUUUUGGUUUCCAUGAGGGAAGCCAACACCGGCGCCGCCGCCUUCGCGGCGGCUAAGAUUAUGCUCAAGAAUAGGUUUUUCAUGCCGUUUGAGAUGUGGGGCUCUGUGCUCGUAGAUAUAUGUAGGAAAAAUGGGAGCUUUUCUGCAUUUUUGGGCGUUUUUCAUGAGUGUUGUAGAUUGGUCCUUGAUGAGAAGGUGCAUUUCAUGAGGCCUGAUUUGGCUGCGUGCAAUGCUGCAUUAGAGUGUUACUGUAGGGAGGUUGAAUCGGUUGUUGAUGCAGAGAAAGUGGUGGAAACGAUGUCGUUGCUAGGCAUUAGGCCCGAUGAGAUGACAUUCGGGCUGCUUGCGUAUCUAUACGCCGUUAAGGGGCUGGAUGAGAAGGUGGUUGAGUUAGAGGGUGUGGUUGGAAGGCUUGGUGGUUUUGAUGUAAGUGUUCAUGUGCAUAAUCUGAUUUGUGGAUAUUUGAAGGCUGGUGAUUUCGAAGCAGUUUCUGCUGCUAUACUACGCAGGGUGAGAGAAGGGGACGAUCCCGGGUUGAGUCAGGAGACUUGUGAUGAAGUGGUGAGAGGGUUUCUGCAAAAUGGGGAUCACAAGAGUUUAGCUAGCUUGAUCAUUGAGUGUCAAAAGCUCGAACCUUCAUCUCUUGUGGUGGAGAGAUCUUUCGGUUAUGGUGUCAUCACCGCUUGUAUAAGUCGCAGCUGUCUAGAAAAGGCUCAUGGAGUUGUUGAUGAGAUGAAUGCUCGUGGUGCUUGUGUUGGACUAGGCGUUUAUGUCCCAAUCUUGAAGGCCUAUUGCAAGGAGGAAAGAAGUGCUGAAGCUGCUCAGUUGGUUACGGAGAUUAGCAGUUUAGGGUUACAGUUGGAUGUUGGCAGUUAUGAUGCUUUGAUAGAAACAUCCAUGUCUUGCCAAGAUUUUCAGUCGGCCUUCUCUCUGUUUCGCGAGAUGAGGGAGUCGAGAGUGCAAGAUCUGAAAGGCAGUUACUUGACGAUCAUGACCGGCCUAACUGAGCAUCACCGGCCAGAGCUGAUGGCCGCCUUCUUGGAUGAGGUUGUUGAGGACCCUAGGAUUGAAGUAGGCACUCAUGAUUGGAAUUCGAUCAUCCAUGCAUUCUGCAAGGCCGGGAGGUUGGAGAGCGCGAGCAGGACUUUCAGGAGGAUGAAUUUCCUCCACUUUGAACCGAAUCAGCAGACGUAUCUGUCCCUCAUUAAUGGAUAUGUGACUAUAGAGAAGUACUUCAGUGUGUUGAUGCUGUGGAAUGAGGUGAAGAGGAAGAGUUGUGGUGAGGGAGAGAGAAGAUUCGAAUUAGAUCAUAGCUUGGUGGAUGCUUUUCUGUAUGCGCUGGUGAAGGGAGGGUUCUUUGAUGCAGUGAUGCAAGUGGUGGAGAAAUCGCGGGAGAUGAAGAUAUUUGUUGAUAAAUGGAGGUACAAGCAAGCUUUCAUGGAGAAGCAUAAGAAGCUGAAGGUGGUGAAGUUGAGGAAGAGAAACUUGAGAAAAAUGGAGUCCUUGAUUGCAUUCAAGAACUGGGCUGGUUUGAGCACUUGAAAUAAAGUUUUGCAUCCAUACUUAUGAUUUUUUCUUUUUUUAACCCAUAGCCAUAGGCAGUUAGUUGAGUUCAAGAAACACAGUUUUACUUGAUUAUGAUUUCUGAGUAUUUGUGAAAAUUUGAAUGCUUCAAGAACUGGAAUUCUCUAAGGUUUGAAUAAACAUGUUUCCAUCU